AUGAUUAAGCUAAGUUCGACCAAUUUCAGUUUAGCGUCGUCGAUAUCGAUGCCACUGGGUGACCUGAGCAACGCUGAGAUUCGCCAACUGUUUGAAGAGCUGUGUAAAGCCUCUGUCGAAGAUGGUUGGGUCUCUAUUCUAUUACAUUAUAGUGUGAGGUCUGAAAGGACUACCACUGGUGGUACUGGAUUACCCAGCUUGUUGGGUGUCUUUGAUAACGCCAAGUACACUGGUGUGAAUGAUAAUCAGUGUAAUGGUGCUGAGUUGAACGCUAGAUAUAAGAUCGAAGAUGAGUGCUACUUACCUAUGGCUACACUGCAGUUGCGUAGAACUGGGUUAGAUGGUAGUCCUGAAUGUGCUGCAUCUCUGCGUGAUUUCAAGGUGAAGACUCCGAUUGUAGACCCUGCCUUGUGUAGUACUGUGGUUUUAACUGCGAUGAUUACUGGGAAACCUCUGCAGAAGGCUAUGGAAAAGGUUCUACAAGCUAGCUCUGGGUUAUGUUUGGGCCAAAGUUGGCUGUGUACUCCAACAGUCUGGGUCGACAGAGAAGGUAAACAACUCGCUUCAACCAGAGUUAAAGAAGGAGAUAGGUCUUCACAUAUGCAUAGCAGGGAGCAUAAGAUGGCUAUAAAUUGGACACUAUGGUAUGCUCGUGAUCUCUAUGCUAUUAUGCAGGCUACUGCUGAAGGACUUAGAGUGGGUAUGUCGAUCACUUACUCUGAGUUAGAUGCUUCUUACUGGAAUAGAUCCUGGGAUACCAAUAACUGGGUUUUAGCCGAGGGUAAGCUGCAUCCUAAGGCUGGGUAUCUCGCCUGCGUUAUCUGUGAUAAGUAUCCGUCCUCACUCCUCAAGGUCUCUGAGCAUAUGGCUG